AGAUGGGAAAUUUUUCUCAACUUCGUAAUUAGAUUUUCCAAAAUUGUUACGAGGAGAAUUUUGAAAAUAUUUAUCAUCAUUGUAAUUGAGAGAAUCAUAAUAAUCUUCAGUGGAUAAUAUUUCAGGUUUUCGCAGAGAGUUUGUAUGACUAUAAAGUGCGCAAGUACUCUUGCGCAAAUGUGUUUCGCGUUAACUCUUCCAGGGCAUCAAAUGCAUUGUGUAGAGAGUGCUCGAAAGUAUACCAUGCUGCCGCGUCGAUUAUAUUUCUGCAAUUUUUUCCAAACAUCUUUUCUCACCGGGAGAUCAACUGAAAAAACGUGAAGCGAAUUUUAGAAAUUUAAAUUAACAUCUUGGGGUCAAUCGAAAUGGCUGAGGGUGGAAAUGAAAAAACAGGGAAUAAUCAUAUUUUAUCGAGUCAAACGGAAAUUAACGAAUGCUUAGCUAGUUGGUUGACUUAUUUGCAGAUGCUAAACGAUUUAUGUUCGGCAGGCACAAAAUUAGCACAAUCUCUUCAUGAUUCAGUUGCCCAAUGCAGAUUAACCGGUCAGUGUUUGUCAGGAUGGGAAGAAUUGACCAGAGCUACAAGUGUGGCAAGCAAUACUGUCAAAAAUCACAUUGUUGCAUCUCUAAAGGAUCACGAGAUUCUCGAAAAUAUUGGCGACAAACACGACAUACUUCGCGACAAUCUGCUGACCUUCAUAAAUCUUCAGUAUCAGUUUUGCGUCGCAUGUUGCGAAUGUCUCGGUGGAAUGGCUGAAUGUUCUUGCUCGCAAGCGGGAAAUGUGGAAUGUGAUAUUGCAGCUCUUCAACAAUGUUUCGAACGUUUAUACAGUUCACCACCACCUUUGGCAGCAUCUGCUCAACAUUCUCAGCAAAAUUGUCAUAGAUCACCUUUACCGUAUCCCUUAUUUCCCCUUCAGUUUCAGCGGCGAUGGUCUGAAACAGCGGCUGCUGAAAUGUGCGGUGAGGCUGCGGAAAAUACAGUGAGAAGAUGGUCGAUGCCUUGGGACUGUCGACACGUGACAGAAUGGUCUCGUCAGGACAUGAGAAACAGACUCCGUGUACCACUUCAGGAUCGUAGCAGGUCUACUACACCUGAUUCCAUUUGGAAAUCGGCAACAACAACCAGUCAGGAUGGUCUUCGUGAAGCUAUUCAGCUUCUUUCUUGCAAACCUGGCGUUAGACCUGCUAAUCAGCUCUCAACUUUUGCUGGUCAACACAUUCCUGGUGUAACAUUGACAACAUGUACCUAUGAAGCGAGUUACGAAAACUCAAUUUGGCCCGAUUCGAGAAGAAUGGGCUCUGAUCAUUCUGAUGAACACAGUGGAGGAGACAGUAAAGAUAGUAUUCACUCUCAUAGCGAUUACAGUUGUCAUCGAGAAUCUGACACUGGAACCGCUGAUGUUUUGCCUUCGCGAAAAAGUAGUUCUUCUACAGAUUCUUGUAUAUCUGCUCAUAGUCGUUCGGGUUCAGAAAGUGCUGGUGCUGGGGAAUGUGCAAGAUCACAAUUAUAUUCAAUGUGGAGUGGAGGUGAUUUUAUAAAACUGCCAGAAAGUACGGAAAUUCGUGAUGAACAUCCACCGGUUUAAAAAAAAAUUU